CCUGAAGUUCUCGAACAAAUACAGAAUCUGAAGGAAUUAUGGAUGGACAAUAAUUCUUUGCAAGUACUACCUGGGUCUAUAGGGAAGUUAAAACAGCUUGUGUACCUGGAUGUGUCAAAAAAUAGGAUAGAAACUGUUGAUCUGGAUAUAUCAGGAUGUGAAGGACUUGAAGAUCUCUUGUUGUCAUCCAACAUGUUGCAGCAACUGCCAGACUCCAUAGGACUGUUGAAAAGACUUACAACUCUAAAAGUGGAUGACAACCAGCUUACCAUCCUGCCAAAUGCAAUUGGAAACUUAUCUUUAUUAGAAGAAUUUGACUGCAGCUGUAACGAGCUGGAGUCCUUACCUUCUACCAUUGGCUACCUUCACAACCUGAGGACGUUGGCUGUGGAUGAGAAUUUCCUGCCUGAACUGCCCAGAGAGAUUGGAAGCUGUAAAAAUGUCACAGUGAUGUCCCUGCGUUCCAACAAGCUGGAAUUCCUUCCUGAUGAAAUUGGGCAGAUGCAGAAGCUGAGGGUUUUAAAUCUGAGUGAUAACAGGCUGAAGAAUUUACCCUUCACUUUUACUAAACUUAAAGAACUUGCAGCUUUGUGGCUUUCUGACAACCAGUCCAAGGCUCUCAUCCCAUUGCAAACAGAGGCUCACCCCGAAACAAAGCAGAGGGUGCUGACCAACUACAUGUUUCCCCAGCAACCCCGCAGUGAUGAAGGUAAAACUGGGGGUGUGAAUUUCCAGUCAGACAGUGAUAGUUUUAACCCUACUCUGUGGGAGGAGCAGAGACAGCAACGUAUGACUGUUGCCUUUGAGUUUGAAGAGAAAAAAGAAGAGGAGGAAAAUGCAGGGAAAGUUGAAAUAAAUCUCAAACGUUAUCCCACUCCAUACCCUGAGGAUUUAAAGAAUAUGGUGAAAUCAGUUCAAAAUCUGGUGGGCAAACCAAGCCAUGGAGUGCGGCCCGAGAACUCCACGGCAGCUGUGAACAGUGAACCAGCUGGGAAGGAAAAGUAUGAGCACAAGUGGCCCAUGACACCCAAGGAGAUCUCAGUGGAGGUUCAAGAUACAGAAAAUAAAGAAUUGCAAAAGAGUUCCCUGUCUGAUCCAGACAACACUCAUGAAACAGCUCUGGAAACCCCAGGCAGGAAGGAGGAAGAAGAGCAAACAAAAAGCUCAGAGGAUGCCUUUGGACAUCCUGCCAGUGAGAUGAGGAUAGGGGAACUUCGUCCUUCCAUGCCAGAGACUCCGUUGUACCCACCCAAACUUGUCCUUCUGGGUAAAGACAAGAAAGAGUCGACAGAUGAGUCUGAAGCAGAUAAGAUCCAUUGUCUGAAUAACAGCGUUUCCUCAGGCACUUACUCAGACUAUUCCCCUUCCCAGGCUUCCUCAGGCUCCUCCAACGCCCACGUUAAACUGGGUUCCCUGCAGACAACGGCUAAAGAAGCAGUGAAUAACUCUUUGUGGGGGAACAG